AUGACUCAAGUCACCCUUCCCACGGCACUAGGCCCUCAAACGGAUCUACAAACUGUUGUAGAAAGUCGGACGAGGGAAUGGCACUUUCACAUCUAUUUUCUCCUGCAAUCGCCGACUGAAACGGCCGCAGCGCUCGCGCUUCGUGAUGCUGUAUUGAAACUACGUCGUGAUGGCGCAUUCGUCGCCGUCCCCCUACACAGGGUGAAUAAGGAACCCAUCGGGCCUCAUCCUGCUGGAUCGUACGAGAUUUGGGUUCCGGACACUUCAUUUUCUGAGGUGUUUUUCUACUUGGCAACAAACCGGGGAAACCUGAGUAUCCUGGUCCAUCCUCUGACAUCUCAACAACGCCGAGAUCACGAAUCUCGGAAUGCCUGGUUGGGCACUCCAUGGCCCAUUUACCUAGACGGAUUGCCGCGUAAAAGUGACGAGGUCCCAUUUCAAUAUCCUGAGCUACGUCUUGGUUGGUCUACUGCCCCCGAUGACGAGAUCUCCCUCGAUGAGAGGCGAAGAAGGGGGGCGAAAAUUGAAGCAUUGCUGGCCAACGAUCCUGAAGCGGCUCCUGCUCCUGUAGAUUAA